CUCGCGCCUCCGACUUCCCCGCUGAUUGACACCCGCCGCGCGCGCGCACGCACACGCGCGAUGAAAUAUUUCCCCACGUUUUGUGUACGCACUUAUUUUACUCAAAGCCUAUGGCUGCCCGCCGCUUAUAGCAGCCCGUAUGACAGCAGCCGUCCCGCCCUCAGAGCCACCGCGUGUCCUUUGACCUCUGGCGCUUCGAAAAUAGAGAGACGACCUUGUGGGGGCUCGAGUCGCUUCGCAGUUGUUGACGGCGCAGUUUUUUGGCCGCCAGUCAAAUAGUUUCUCACGUUGGGCGCCUGAGGUGAAGAAGAAGCUGUCGCGAAGUAUUCCUGCAGGAGUUGGGAUGUUUGCCACCGCCUCAGCACUCACUCACACCGCCGACUCAAAGUUGACAUCACUGUAAAGUUUUGGACUCUUCUCCUGGAGACCAGACCUCGACAGCUGGAAGUCACCACUUCGGUUGCUCGUCUUAUGGGUCCUCCGUGCCUUACGAAUGCCAAGUGACGCCAGUUGAUCUGCAUCAACACGUUCUCCUGAUCUCUACGGUCUUCAUUAACCAGUGGAGGGUGAUGAGGUCAGUGUGGAUCCUGCAGCUUGUUCUGCUUUUGGCCUUGACCUCCAGGGCCACGGGCCUCAGUAUCCCUCUGGAAGUGGAGCAGCCUCCAACCAUCAUAAGACACACAUCUGGUCCCCUUAUUGUCCUUCCUUUUGACUACACUGUAAAGAUCAAGUGUGAAGCCAGAGGCAACCCAACACCAGAAUACAGAUGGACAAAAGAUGGCAAAGACUUCAUCCCUCCACUCACCACGACAAACAGCACAGCCCACACAAAUGGCACUAUUGUGCUUUACAACAAGCUCCUUGCGCAGUUUCAGGGUAAAUACAGAUGCUACGCUUCUAACAAGCUCGGAACUGCCAUGACGGAGGAGAUUGAGCUGAUCGUUCCCAGUGUCCCCAAGUUUCCAAAGGAGGAACUUCCUCCCACCGUUGUCAAGGAGGGAGAGCCAAUCAUCCUGCGCUGUAACCCUCCAGAAGGCGUGGCCCCACGUCAGAUCUACUGGAUGUCUAUUGGUCUGCAGCACAUUGCGCAGGAUGAGAGGGUUUCCAUGGGCACUGAUGGCAACCUGUACUUCUCCAACGCCUUACAGAAUGACAGCCGUCAGGACUACUGUUGCUUUGCUUCCUUCCACAGAAUACGCACCAUCGUCCAGAAAUCCGCCGUGGCCGUCGUGGUCAAGAGCUUGAAAGCUGACAAUGAAUCUUCUGGUGGCGGAGAUGCCAAAGGCCCCCCAGCGAGGAUACCCAGCCUGCUGCUGCCCUCUGGUGUCCAGACAGAGAAAGUGCUCUUGAAGGGAGAGACUCUGCAGCUCGAGUGUAUACCACAGGGAUAUCCCACCCCAAAGGUAAGAUGGAUGAAAAUGGGAGACGAACUGCCUUCACAGACAGAAUUCAACAACUUUGGAAAGCUGUUGACCAUAUCUGCUGUGGAAGAGAGGGACGGGGGCAAAUACAUGUGCACAGCCGAAAACUCUGCUGGAGAGGCCGUCCACUACUUUGAUGUAAUUGUGGAAGAGCCGCCAAAGUGGCUGACAGAGCCUCCUCCGAGCCAGCUGACUGUGAUUGGGUCUGAUGUCCAUAUCAAGUGCUCGGUCAGUGGAAAACCACCGCCAGACAUAACAUGGAGGAGGAAUGGAGAAUUGUUCAGAGAUGACCCACAGAGCAGCAGGCGAGUGUUCGAUGACACUCUGGUGCUUCAUAACGCCAGACCAGAGGACAGUGGCGUCUACCAGUGUGACGCCUCCAACAGUCACGGCGGUGUUCUGGCCAACAUUAACAUCAUGGUCAUGAAUGUGGCUCCUCGGAUACUGACGAAGGACAACCAGGAGUACGCUGUAAUACUAGGAGGAGACAUGGUCAUGAACUGCAGUGUUUUCAGCUCUCCACCACCCAUCAUCUCUUGGACCAGAGAUGAGACUCCAGGAAUCAUCCAGGGAGAACGUUUUUUUACUCUCCAGAACGGAUCUUUACGAAUCAUCAGUGCACAAAAGGACGACAGUGGGAAAUAUGUGUGUUUUGCCUUCAACACGGAGGGCAACACGGCUAUCACUGCUGUGCUGGAUGUGAAAGACCCAACAAAAAUAGUAGCUCCACCUCAGGACAUGCAGGUCAUCAGUGGGACCAGAGCCCAGUUGACGUGUCAGGCAGAGUACGAUAAAAGCCUGCGGGGCUCCUUUGAGGUGGUAUGGAGGAAGGAUGGACAGGAGAUCGCGCCGCCCUUUGAGGAAAAUUCCAGAUACUCAGUGGACGAUGGCAUGCUGCAGAUCAUGAAUGUGAACCUGAGUGACCAGGGACAAUACAGAUGCACUGCUAGAACCAGCCUGGAUGAGGACGAUGCCACUGCACUACUCACCAUACUCGACGUUCCAGAUGCUCCAACAAAUUUACAGAGAUCUGAACUCAAUAGUCCGAGGAACAUCUCCCUGUCAUGGGUGCCUGGGAGUGAUCACAACAGUUCUGUAACAGAAUUUAUAGUGGAGUUUGAGGAGAGCCAAUGGGAGCCCGGCAGGUGGAAGGAGCUACAGAAAGUCCCUGGUAACCAGGCAACAGCCGAGCUGGCACUACAUGGCCACCUUAACUACCAGUUCAGAGUGUAUGCUGUUAACGCCGUUGGACCUGGACCCCCCAGUGAGCCCACCGAGAGAUACAAAACACCCCCUGCUGCUCCUGAUAAGAACCCAGAAAACAUCAAAAUUCAAGGCCAUCUCCCUCAUCAGAUGGACAUUAGCUGGGAGCCGCUGCAGCCUAUUGAACACAAUGGCCCAGGUCUCGAGUACAAGGUGAGCUACAGGAAACUGGGGGUGGAAGAUGUCUGGAGGGAGCAUCUGGUCAAAAGACACUCCUUUGUCGUGAGGAACACGUCCACCUUUGUUCCCUACGAGAUCAAAAUUCAGAGCAGGAACAGCCACGGCUGGGGACCGCAGCCUAAAGUUGUUACCGGUUACUCCGGAGAAGAUGUCCCGACUGCAGCACCACGGGAUGUGGCAGUGGAGGUGUUCAACACCACUGUUCUGAGAGUUAGCUGGACCCCAGCUCCACCUGCCACAGUGAGAGGUCAUCUCGGGGGCUACAACGUUCACUGGUUGAGAAAACGGAGUCUGCUGAAUCCCAACAAGAUUUUAGAUGAACGCCAGUCCAUGUCUUUUCCUGGGAAGAGGACUCACGCCAUCGUGCCGAGUCUUCAACCUUUCUCUGAGUACAGACUCACUGUCAACGUUUUCAACAAGAAAGGCAAUGGGCCCAACAGUGACCCGGUCACCUUCAGCACUCCAGAGGGAGUUCCUGAGCAAGUGCCCGUCCUGACCGCCUCCAACGCCCAGAAAGACUCCAUUCUGCUGGUGUGGGGCCCACCGCUGGAGACAAACGGCGUCCUCACUGGUUAUCUCCUGCAGUACCACCACAUUAAUGAGACCACGCUGGAGGUGGUUGAUUCCCGGGAGAUAAACAUCAGUGUGGCUGACACCACCCAGUGGCAGCUUCAGGGCUUGAAUGAGGGCAGCCUCUACCGCUUCCACCUCAGUGCCUGCACUCGAGCAGGUUGUGGACCUCCGCUGGCCCAGGAGAGCAGCACCAUUGCUCAAGCACGUGCAGAGGGUCAGCAGAGCGACUUUUCAACCCAGGGCUGGUUCAUUGGGACCAUGUGUGCUGUGGCGCUCCUCACCCUUGUUGCGCUCAUGGCCUGCUUUGUGCGGAGAAACAAAGGUGGCAAGUAUGCAGGUACGCCGCCGCCGCCCCAGCGACAAGACAUGUUCUCCAUGGAAAAAGUGAAAGAGAAGGAAGACCUCCACCCUGACGUGGAGUCACAAGGAAUGAAUGAUGACACCUUCUGUGAAUACAGUGACAGCGAAGAGAAGCCACUGAAGGGCAGCAGCUUGUGUUCCCUGACUGGCGAUGACGCGGUGGGAGACGGCGUCAGCAGAGACAGCCUGGUCGACUACGCAGACGGUGAAGGAGAAUUCGAUGAGGACGGUUCAUUUAUCGGAGAAUAUUCCACACGCAAGCACGGAGGCUCUAUUAGCGAGCCCAGUGGACCCCGGCAAGUCACUGCAUAAAGCCAGGCUCCAGUUGAAGCGGUCCACUUCAAAUUCUUUCAAGAUACCAUUUAAAUUCAGCUUCCCUGGCAUUAAAUAUAGCUUGAAUAGCCAAAUAUGGGGCAAUAAAAAUGACUCAAAUGUGCAGAAGUUUUUUACAGCAGGGAGAAGUUUUGCCCAGGGACCAGAGAGGAAAGAAUACACCAUCAGUGUGAAUACCAUGUGACUCUUUGUACAUACUGUAAGAGAAUGACCUGUAUCGUUUGAGUGUUUCAUGAUUUUAUUAAUGAUAAUAAAGUGUUUUUUGUACCUAUCA